AACAACAACUUUCUUAUCAGACAGUUCCUUGUAUUUAUUUUGUCUGAUCGAACAUGAGGUAUUUCAUAGUCGUUUGCUUUCUGUAUUACCUCAAAUUAACAAAUGGCUACAGAGGUGCUGUUGUUGAAUACAGCCCCACUACAGCCGAUUCCCCCGAAAAUACAAUUCUCAAAAACCUCAACGAGUAUAGUACUUUCAUCCAACGAGCCAAAACUCAGGGUGCUGAUAUCAUAGUCUUCCCGGAGUAUGGUCUCACUACCAUGGUGGCAGACCCAGAAGGGUACGCCGUCGCCCUUACGCCCGACGCACCCAUCGUAACAAAAUUGAGCACCCUGGCCAAACAAGCAACCAUUUAUCUCGUGGUUAACUUGCUUGAAAAAGUAGACACCAGAACACCGAAGUACUACAACACGAACUUGGUUUUCGACAGAAACGGAAACGUGAUUAAGAAGUACCGCAAAAUCAACUUAUUUGGUGAACCUAAUCUCGCCCCGGGAUCGUCAAACCAGAGUACCAUUUUUAGCACCGACUUUGGUGUGACCUUUGGCAUCUUUACGUGCUUCGAUAUUCUUUACACUAACCCAUCGAGAACCGUUUUGACGAAUAACAUCACCGAUGUGGUUUACCCAACGUCGUGGUUUUCGACCAUGCCGUUCUACGCUUCUUUGAGUGUCCAACACGGCUAUUCCACGUCUACCAAAGUUAACCUUCUGGCGGCAAAUUUGGGCGAGCCACAGAACACCCAUGGUGGUUCAGGAAUAUAUUUGGUUGAUGGUACUUCCAAUAUACAUAUAACGGAUGUAGCGAGCAGCAAGUUACUCAUUCAAGACGUUCCCGGAAAAACGGUACCACAGGUGGUACGUGACACUAACAUGAGCAACUAUGAAACAUUAAGGGAUUUUCGAGCCGCUGAUUACAAUUUUAAGAAAAUCGACCUGAGUCAGACGAAUCAGAGUACCAAUAUAUGCUACAAUGAGUUUUGUUGUACGUUUGAUUUAACCGUGGGUGAAUCCAACUGCGACGAUGUUUACAAAAUUAUGGCUUUCGACGGCGUCGUACCUUUCGACGUAUCCACCGCCCACAUCCGUGUCUGUAGCCUCCUUCUAUGUGCCAACGCCACAAACGACAGUUGUGGGGCAAGAAUCAAACCCGGUACUAUAUUCACGAAGAUGUCAGUUCGCACCAACGUCGAAAAAAACAGUUCAUUUUACAACCCUCUGACUCUCGAUUUGUACCUCAGACCUUUACUACAUAGUACUUUCGACACUACUCAACUAAGUACUCUUCAAGAAUCCAGCGACGUUGUAGUUUUCGGAAUUUUCGGCCGACUUGAUUGAUUGUAAACGUGCGCAAUAAACCAAAAUCUUAUCCUGCGA